AUGGCUUCUGUUGUCGACGAGCCAUCGGUACAAGGUAAGUUUUCUUGGAAGUACAUUGGAGGAUACCACAUACCCUAUAUCGUACGAGUAAUUAAUGGUGAACAUUUGAAGUUAGUUGCCGUACGAAUAGCUGAAAAUCAGCUACUCGGAAAAUAUAUAAAUUAUUUACAUGCAGAUAAUAUGUAUAAAUGCACAUCAAUAAACAGUUAUUUGAUCUCUAAUUAUGAAGCUAAUUUAUUAAACGAGAUCAACCAAAAACAUGCUAACUGUUUUUACGGGCCAGAAAUGUUUGUCGCAAAAAUAGAUGUUAUGGUCACUUUAGAAGAUGUUCAAGAAUUUUAUACAUUCAUGGACGUAUGUUAUAAAACAUUAGUGUGCAAUAUUACUUCAGGUCACAAUGACAAUUUUGGUUUUAUACGUAUUAACUCUGAAUCUAUUGUACCAUAUUGUACUAAUGAUGGAAAAAAAUAUGUUCCAAUAUUUUACUUUGAGUGCGAAACUGAAUAUGUAAUGUCUCUAGCUGUAAAAUUAGAAAAUUGGAACUUGGCCUAUGUCAAGUUCUGUUGUAAAGUUCUUCAGGGUUUAAAAAAUGAGUUUUUUGAUAGUGUUACUUGGGAAAUGCUCAAUCUUGAUCAUAUCAAGAAUUUGUAUUCGCCAGAAACAAAUUUUGAAGAAUAUUGGCCAAAUAUGGAAAAUAUACAAUGCAUAAUUAAUCAGUCGUCUAAUCGUGUCAAUCAACCUGGUGCCUGGUUCAGAGAACCUGAAGUACCUUCUGAAAAUAAUAUUCCUCAUGCAUUAAUAGAACUAGCACCACUGGUACCACACAGUAUUCCAGAGGAUAAGAACACCCAUCAAAAUGGAUGGCCAGCAAACCAAAUGAUAAAUUCAUAUACCAUUCAGACUCAGCUGCCAUUAACAGUUCGUAACUACUUUGUUGCAAGAAGAAAUCGAAGUAUUGCUCCUCGUUGCUAUAAUACGGGUUCAAUGUCGCGAGGUAGAAUUAUGCGAUACAUUCGACCAAUGCCUGUAAUCCGUUCCUCGUACUUACCAAUACGGCACCAGUAUUGAAUGAUGUUGGGCCAAUUGUAAUUACUCCAUCCAAUGAAAUAAUUGACUUGACAUGACCGCCGUUCAGCCCAAAUAUUUAAUUAUAAUAAUGCAUAGAAGGUAAAUGAUAUUUAUUAUUUUAAGAUUGUCCAAAGUUAGUGAGACC